UCAUUCAUAGAACACUCACAAUGGUUGUGUAUUUUGAUUGCUCUUAUCUCAAAAGUAAAUUCUAGCCACCUUUGGUAGACUGACAUUGGUUGACAUCAAGCUUUUUGCUUGCUAUAUACCCCAUAUUAUUUUUCCAGAAAAGGAAUUUCCAUGCUUCACAUCUUCACUGCGUGAAAGGACGAUCUAAUCCCUGUGUACUUGAUGAAAUGACUGACACAUCCAUGGUCAAUUAUUGAACAGCGAUUGACAGGGUAUUCGCCAACAGAGAAUCAAACAUAAUGGCGAAAUAUCCUAAUUCGAUCCUUCAAUCUUUCUCGCUUCUUCAAGAGAUUUCUUCUCAGCAGAGUCUCCUUCAGCAGGCGAAGGAAUUGAGACUUGAAGCUGUUAGCCAUUACCUGUUAACAUGGUAGAUUGAUUGAAGGGUACCCUUCUGUCCUAUAAAAUGGCAAAACAAUAUAUUUCUGAAGUUUGCUACUAGGGCUUGUGAUUUCUGGUUACCCUAAAAAGAUGUCAGCCUAUGCUCAUCAAAUGGAGAGGCAGUUCUCUACUGCCAGUGCCAGUCUCUCCAGUAGAGGAAAUUCUGAUAUGGGAAGUCGUUAUGUGGUAGAGUCGGGGUUCUACAUGACAGCUUUUGCAGCAACUAUCUUCAUUGCUGCUCUAGUAACUGUUGGGGUGUUAUUGAUUACCUUGCUGAUUGCAUUAACAGUAAUGUUGCAAUCCUGUCAGAGUAAGAAUUCAGGGGUAGUUGAAAUUCAGAAACUCAAUGAAGAUUACAAUUAUUGCACUAUGUAUGCUUCUCAUGCUGAGCUCAACAACUUGGGAGCAGAUGGCUUCCCUUCAGUCUGUUUGAGUGUCGCUAUUCAGUACAUCAAAGAACAUCAAUAUGAGAGAGAUCUAAAUUUUACUAUGUCAAUGAUUGAGAGAUAUUUCGAAAGUGUUUUGCCACUUGAUGAUAGGCUAGAUGUGGUGUUGAUUGACAUAGAUGACAUUGUUCCUUUGAAUUCCUGGAAAACCAAUCCAUUGACAUAUGGACUCGAUCGUUAUCGCCGGGGUGAUUGUUUUGAAGAGGCAAAACACCUGAAAUACACUUUCUUUCUAAGACUAUAUAUCAAACUUCGAGAAAGUGGUUGGCCCUUGAUUUUGUUAUCAAGAAAGCCAGAGAGACAAAGAAAUGCAACUACAGAGCACCUUCUCUCUGCUGGAUACAGUGGCUGGUAUUCAUUGAUUAUGAGAUUGGAUGAUGAAAUGCGACUUGAAAGCCGUGAAUACUUUUCCAGUCGAAGGGCACUUCUGCUAAAGGAAGGCUUUCGCUUAUCAGCCAUAAUUAGCAGCCAGAUGGAUGCUUUGACAGGACAAUAUUUAGGAAAGGGUAUAUUUAAGCUUCCAAAUCCUAUAUAUUUUAGUUUUGAGCAAAACAGAAAUAUUUCAUACAAGGCGCAAUAGACGAAGUACAAGGGGGCAGCCAUUUGUUUAUUCCAGGUGUCAACACCCAACCAUACAUCUGUUCGAGCACUGCUGUACCUAAGUAAUGAAUUUUUCUGUCAUUAUCUCAUUUUGUACAUGGAUUCUGAUUUGCCAUUGUGAUAUGGUUUGGUUUGUAUAUGGUGUCAACACUCAAGUGUGUUGGAGCACUGUUGUUGUACCUAAGAUUUGAAUUUUCUGUCAUUUGUCUCAUGUUGUACAUGGAUUCUGAUUUGCCCAUUGUGAUAUGACUUUGUGGAA